GCCGUCGUCCCAUCCCGCCGCUCCCCCACCGUCGUCGCAUCUCGCCGCCCCCCCAAUCCAUCCUCCGGACUCCCCACAUCGCCGCGCCGGCGCCCACAUCGUCACCGUCGACCGUUCGACACCGCCGCCCUCCUCUCUCUCGCACUCAUCCCGUCACCCCGACGCCGCCGACUCCUCCCUCCUCCCUCAUCGCGCCUUCCUCUACUCGUACCACCGCCGAAACCCUAGACCCGCACCGCCCUCGACCGCCGCCCGUCGCAUCCCGCCUCCUCCCCGAGUCCGCGACAACUAUUCCCAAGCCAGAGACAAACAUCCAUCAGGUGCCCCAUGAGGCCAUAUGUGAGUCGAACACGGGACACGGGAAGAUCCGAGCAGUCAUAAAUCAACACGGAUUGAAACUGCCUAAUUCAAUGGAAGCUUCCAAGCGCAGCCGCCGAAUCCUCCAUCUCCGGUCAGCAUAGCUCCCGCUCGGCCGCGCCGCUCAUCCCUCACCGGCACACCGCACCGUCCUCCACCGCUCGCCGUCGCCGCCGAGAAGAGGGACACAGCUGCCGUGCGCGUCCGAGUGGAUGUGGUGUGAGGCGGCCGGGUUUGAACUAGCCAACGUCAUAUAUACGAAGAUGGUGGUAGUAUAAAUUUAGUUAGUUUUAUUUCGAUAAUAAAACGAACGAGCGAUAUCGUAGUGAACACUCUUUAUUUAACUUAUGAUAUUCUAUCAAGCCCAUUUAAAUAAUGAUGAUAUAAUGAAACACUUCUCUAUCUCUGCUAUUAUAAAAGUUGAAGAUGUUUUUGUCGGUAUUUUGGUACAUCAUCCGUGUUUGAGUCAUUUUUUAAGUUCGUUCGCUUUUAGAAAUACAGAUAUGUGUUUGAGUUAGAUUUUAAGCUCGUUUGCUUUUGAAAAUACGAAAGGAGUCGUAUAAGAAAUCUUUUUUUAAAAAUCACUCACAUGCUAACUUGAGAUAAAAGUCGGACUUGUAAUUGUAGCUCGUGAUUUUCUUAAAAAAAAGUCCAAGCGAAUUCGUAUAUAACAAUAAUAAUGUUAAAAUAGUAUUCACUCAUUGCAACACGUGUAUUUUUAUAGUAUAUGUAAAUUUAUCAAUGUUCACACCACAACUCAUCAUUCAUGAUUAGCCAGAGACAAACAUCCAUCAGGUGCCCCAUGAGGCCAUAUGUGAGUCGAACACGGGACACGGGAGGAUCCGAGCCAUCAUAAAUCAACACGGAUUGAAACUGCCUAAUUUAAUAGAAGCUUCCCAGUGCAGCCGCCGAAUCCUUCUCCAUCUCCGGUCAGCAUAGCUCCCGCUCGGCCGCGCCGCUCAUCCCUCACUGGCACACCGCACCGUUUCUAUCGCCCGCUGUCACCGCUGAGAAGAGGGACACAACUGUCGUGCGCGGCCGAGUGGAUGUGGUGUGAGGCGGUGAGGCGGAGGGAACGCGGGGAGCUUGGGGCACGGCGCUUCGAGACCGCCGCCCGGGCGCGCCGCACCGCCUCACUCGCACUCUCCAACCGCAAGGAGUUCACCACCCCGCACAACGGCGCCGUCAACUCUCUCCAGGUUGAUUUGAUAGAGCGGCGGUACCUGCUCUCGGGCGCAUCGGAUGGAUCAGCCGCUAUAUUUGAUGUGCAGAAUGCGAUCGAAUACGAAGCUGGGUUCAUUGCCAAGCAUAGGAGCAUUCUCCUUGUGGACAAGCAGCAUGAAAAUGGCCACAAGUUCGCGGUAUCUAUGGCCGUAUGGUAUCCUGUGGACACUGGGCUGUUUGUGACAGCUUCUUUUGAUCAGUAUGUCAAAGUGUGGGAUACUAAUUCGACUCAAGUCGUAAUGGAUUUUAAGAUGCCUGGAAAAGUGUACAGUGCAGCAAUGUCCCCAAUUGCAACAACACAUAUGCUGAUCGCUACUGGAAGUGCAGAUGUUCAGGUCCGUUUAUGUGAUAUUGCUUCUGGAGCCUUUACCCACACGUUGUCUGGUCAUCGUGAUGGUAUCAUGUCUUUGGAGUGGUCUACUUCAAGUGAGUGGAUUUUGAUGAGCGGUGGUUGUGAUGGAGCAAUACGAUUUUGGGACAUAAGACGAGCUGGAUGCUUUCUUGUUCUUGAUCAAUCACGGUCUCAACUAGGAAGGCGGCCUCCUUUUCUUGAGGGCACCUCAGAUAAGGAUCCUUUGAACUCUUUACAACCUUCAUCUUCUUCAAAGAUUUACUCUGCACAGCAGAGGACAGGCAAGAGUAAGAAACAGUCACACAAAUUGCACAAAAGUCAAAUCCCUGGACAUGGACAUAUCCAACAGAGAUUGCACCCUGGUUUGUCUUCUAGUCAAAAUCGUGCAACGGCGCAUUAUGGUGCUGUUACGGGAUUAAGAACAACUACAGAUGGGAUGUACCUUCUUAGCUCAGGUUCUGAUUCUCGCUUAAGACUUUGGGAUAUUGAUUCAGGCUGUAAUACUUUGGUCAAUUUUGAAGCUAUGCGAUUACAGACUAGCAAACCACUACAAUUAGCUGUCACUGAGGAUCCAUCACUUGUAUUCAUCCCAUGCAUGGCAAGCAUUAAGGCGUACAAUUUAUGGUCUGGUAUGACAUUUCAAACAUUCCGUGGGCACUAUGAACCUGUUAAUUGCUGCUACUAUAGUGCACAAGAACAAGAGCUUUAUACUGGCAGCAAUGACAGGCAAAUUCUUGUGUGGUCUCCAUCAACUCCAGCAUUUACUGAAAUGGAAGAUGAUGGCAAGAGGCAAAUGGAUUUUGUAGUCGAUGAGGAUAACUGGAGCGACUGAGAAUUAUGCAUGUAUAGUUGUAUUGUACACUAAGAACAUUGACAUUAGGGAUGUUAACAGGCCAUGUUUUUUUUUCUUUUUUUAAGGGAAGCCACGUUUAUUACUAUUGUACAGUACUUCAUCCUGCAGUUUCACCCGAAAUAUCACUUUGAUAAAGACAGCUAAGUGAAAUGUAAAUAUGCCAAAUUCUCUCUCCAAUAAUGAAAAUGCUCCUAUAUCGUGUUUACCCAACUGUUA